GUUUUAGAGUAAAACUUAUAUGAAUUCAUCUCUUUUGUCAUUGCAAACAAGUGUCUAGAACAAGACCGAGCUAACAAGAUCGCGAUACCGAGCUAAAGGAGCGACCUUACGACGAUUAGGUUGGUUACGGAGUGCCCUAACGAACUUCGGAACAAUACUUUCCGGGGGGAAAAAAAAAUUGCAAGGGAGCAGCUAGCAAAACGGCCAUGGUAAAGGGAGAGCAGGACCACUAGGAGGAAGAAGCAAGAGCAACAAAUGAUGGGCAGCGAGACUGAAACAGAGUACAACACUCAAAUGGCCUUGACUUUGCGGCCACACAUGGAACGAUCUUCCUCCUCGCUCCCAUCGCGAUGCUGAUCGUCAGGGAAAUAACGAAUUUGUCAUGGAAAAGGGAAAAGGGAAAAGGGAAAGAAAAAAAGAUGAGCGAAAAGAGAUGCAAAAGGUAGCUCUCCAAUCAGAGGAAGGUGGCUCCCUUUUGAUGAUCGCCGUCUCCGGAGGAUUCCUUCAGUUCCAGCUCUGCACCCACUGCGCCCAGAGGAGAGGGAGGAGAAUCGAGUUGGCUAUAAAUUCCAGGAGAUGAUCGUCGUAGGUGUUGAGGGGAGAAGAGAGGAACACCCAUCGUCGCUCCCAAGCUGUCUCUGUCGCCAUUAAAGCUUCUUCUCCGGCUGAAGGUUUCUUGCUCGAUCUGAUGAAGCCUGCUUCCGGGGCGGUGAAUGGGUUCUACGCCUUCCUCGCCCAUGGCGUGGAGGAGCUGGCGAGUGGGGGAGAGAGCUCGAGCGGGUUCAUGUCGUUGCAGUUUCUGCAGGGGUGCGUGGCGCUGCUGCGGGCGGCGCACUUGCAGCUCGCCGGCCUGGUGCAGAAGCUCCGGCUGCCGCCUGGGGAGAAGUGGCUGGACGAGUACAUGGACGAGAGCGCGCGCAUCUGGGAGGUUUGUCAUGUGCUCAAGCUCGGCGUCGCAGGGAUGGAGAACUACUGCGCCGCGGGAGCGGACUUGGUGGCCGCCGUGGAGCGCCGCCAGAUCAAUCCGCAACUCCUCCGCCAGGCGGCGAGGGCGGUGUCUGCUUGCCGGCGAGCGGCGGCGGGGCUGGAGGAGGAGAACAGAGUGCUGAUGGAGACGCGGAUCGAGCCGCUGUCGCUCCGCUUCAACGAGACGGCGCCGUCGGAGUCGAAGCUCCACGGAUUCAACGGAUUCCGCGGCGUGCUCCACGCGAUGAGCAACGUGAGCUCCUUCCUCCUCGCGGCGCUGCUCUGGGGACUCGUCUGCUGGUGGCCCGGCUGCCGAGCAGCCACCUCCGCCGGCGACAGCUGCGCCGCCCUCGAACCCGGCUACAUGGCGUCGAUCGUCAGGCUGCAGCAGAGGGUGGCGGCCGAGAUCGACAGCGCCGGCAGCCGCACCGGGCCGCUGGCGCAGGAGUUCCGGCGCUCCAAGGCCGGCGUGGAGGACUUGAGGGAGCACCUCGAGAGGACCGGCGGCGGAGAAAACCCGCAGGACAGAGCGGAGCACCUGAGUGCCUGCCUCGCCCUUCUCCGCUCCGGCAUCGACAACAUCGCCGGCCAGCUCGACGACUUCCUCGACGAGAUCGUCGAGGCGAGGAAGAAGCUCUGGGACAUCUGCAGUCUCAGGUAGCUCCGCAAGCAAUCAAACCCAGCAACUUUACUCAAAAUCGAAGCCCAUAAUUCCCAAUAAAGAGAGAGAGAGAGAGAGAGAAGCGAUCAGAUUCCACGCGAUCAUCCAUCUCUUCUCUGUUUUCGCUCAAGAUCAAAUUUUUAUUUCUGAAUUGCAUAAACAGCCAUCCAAUUCACUCAUCGUCAACUCGUUUCUUUCUUCCUUUCUCCCUGAAACCAUUCUUCCAUUCGUGGAUGUGCGUUCGACUUUGUCUGAAAUUGGAAGAGGGCAGAAGAAGAAGACAAAAGGUUGGAAGCUUUUGUCUGGUUUGGCUCAGGUCGAAGAGGACGAAGAGGAGGAGGAGGAGAGAGGAGAGAGUAGUCUGAGAAAGUGUGCUGGUUGAAAUCGUGUCGCUGUCUUCGAGCAUGAGAACAUGAGUAACUGAA